GGACACUAGUAGCUGUGUGUUCGUGAAACAGGUUUGCCCGCUUUUUGUGCCAUCAGCACUAAAAAAACGGGUGCCUUCACUCUUGGCUUGCUGCUUGUUUUCACUUUUCUGUACUUUGCGCACAUUUUCUGGCCGCCUGAUUGCAGACUUUCCAACCCGUCCAGCAACAUUCCUAAGUGAUGGCUGUUGAGAAGCUGUGCUCUUUUGCUUCACCACACCCACAUCUUUUCAUUGACUGCUAAGUAGUGACCUUCACGAAGCAAGUUGUUCCAGUCACAAACGGCCCACCUUUCGCUGACUGACCAUCCUCAGGUCAAUCACAGAAAAAUGUCUGGCAAAAUAUCAAAUGAGGAACUGGAGGACAUGCAGGAGAUAUUUCGGAAGAUUGAUCUGGACCACGAUGGGUUCAUCAAUGAUUAUGAACUCACCGAAGUCCUGAAAGAGACUGGCCUUCCGCAGCCAGGUUACAAGAUCAGAGAUAUGAUCAAGAAACUGGAUCGCGAUGACGACAGCAAGAUCAGCUUCAAAGAGUUCCUUGCGAUUGUGAACGAGCUGAAGGGCAGCGAAGUAGCAAAAACUUUCCGCAAAGUCAUCAACAAAAAAGAUGGCAUCCUCGCCAUUGGAGGCAUGUCGGAGCUGUCAAGUGAAGGAACACAACACUCGUACUCCGAGGAGGAACGAUUCGCUUUUGCCAAGUGGAUCAACAGCGCUUUGGAAAAUGACCCCGACUGUCAACAUGUCCUGCCCAUGGAUCUCAACACAGACUCUCUGUUCACAUCCGUAGCUGACGGUAUCUUACUCUGCAAAAUGAUCAACCAAUCAGUGCCAGACACCAUUGACGAGAGGACCAUAAACAAGAAGAAGCUCACACCCUUUACAGUACAGGAGAAUCUUAACUUGGCGUUGAACUCCGCCUCAGCCAUCGGCUGCCACGUUGUCAACAUCGGCGCUUUAGACUUGAAGGCUGGCAAACCCCACCUCGUGUUGGGCCUGCUGUGGCAGAUCAUCAAGAUCGGGUUGUUUGCCGACAUCGAGCUCAGCAGAAAUGAAGCCUUGGCAGCGCUGCUGAGGGAGGGCGAAACCCUGGAGGACUUGAUGAAGUUGUCCCCUGAAGAACUGCUGCUCCGGUGGGCUAACUUCCAUCUGGAGAACGCCGGCUGGCAGAAGAUCAACAACUUUAGCUCUGACAUCAAGGACUCAAGGGCUUACUUCCACCUCCUCAACCAGAUCGCUCCAAAAGGUACAGAGGAAGACAAGCCGGCCAUCGACAUCAACAUGUCGGGCUUCAGUGAGAGAGACGACAUGAGGAGGGCGGAAGCUAUGCUGACGCAGGCCGACCGGCUCGGCUGUCGACAGUUCGUCACUCCGGCUGAUGUAAUCAGCGGCAACCCCAAACUUAAUCUGGCUUUUGUGGCAAAUCUGUUCAACAAAUACCCUGCUCUGAUCAAACCUGAGAACCAAGACAUCGACUGGCACCUUCUGGAAGGUGAGACACGAGAGGAGCGGACAUUUAGAAACUGGAUGAACUCCCUGGGCGUGAACCCAACCGUCAAUCAUCUCUAUGUAGACCUGCAAGAUGCCAUUAUCAUCCUGCAGCUCUACGAGAAGAUUAAAGUAGAUGUUGACUGGAACAACAAAGUCAACAGGCCUCCAUACCCUAAGCUGGGAGUCAACAUGAAGAAGUUGGAGAACUGCAACUACGCUGUGGAACUCGGCAAAAUGUCCAAGUUCUCCCUGGUCGGCAUCGGCGGAACGGACUUGAACGACGGCAAUGCGACGCUCACCCUGGCGCUGGUGUGGCAGCUCAUGAGAAGGUACACUCUUAAUGUACUGGAGGAACUGGGUGAUGGGGAGAAGGUCAAUGAUGACAUCAUUGUCAGAUGGGUCAACAAAACAUUGGCAGAAGCUGGAAAGAGGGCCAAGAUUUCAAGCUUUAAGGACAAGGAGAUCAGCAACAGUUUGGCAGUACUGGAGCUGAUCGACGCAAUCCAGCCCGGCAGCAUCAACUCUGACCUGGUGAAAACGGGACACCUAUCGGAAGAUGACAAGCUGGAGAAUGCCAAAUAUGCCAUUUCCAUGGCGAGAAAGAUUGGAGCACGUGUCUACGCCCUCCCCGAGGACCUUGUGGAGGUCAAGCCCAAAAUGGUGAUGACUGUCUUUGCGUGCCUGAUGGGUCGAGGGAUGAAGCGAGUCUAAAGAAGACUGGCUGUGAUCAUUUGUGACACUUGCUGCCACCCGCACGACAUCCAUCUUUUUGGAACAUCCCCUUUUCCCAGCCAGCCCUGCAUCGCCGCCUGAAGGAUUAUCGUGAAGAAGAUUGAAAACGCAUCAAAUUGCAGGUAUCGCUGCCUUUUCGAAAGACUGGAGGUUUCAUGAAGAACGACGUGCUCUUAUUUAAAAAUGCCAUACUCGUAAAUUUCAAGUGGGACCGUGUGUUAUCGACAUCUCGCAGUACUUUUGAUAAAUGUGUGAGAAUCUCGUUUUUCCUAAAGCAUCUAUGCAUAAUUCCAGCUCAAAGGUUUACGCGUCGUUUACUGCCACCGAUGUCCACACAUUCCUCAAUUAGUGUAAGAAGGACGAGAGGAAGUUCGGGACGCAUGCUUCAGAAAGACACCGCAACAUUCAUGCAUGCCUCAUACACUUCUUUACAUAUCAGUACACAGACGACAUGCGGUCAAAACUAUAGUGACGACCACUCUUGUAUAUGCUGUCCGUAUUUUUGUACGUUGUGUAUUUUUGUGGGACCAUAAAGUGAGGUAAUAUGCUAGUCAGAGCUGGGCUUCUGUUAUGUUAUUGUAUUUUAUGUGUCCAAUGACAAGCAGGUCAUCAGGGUUCUCCGCUGUGCCGUCUUGUCUCCAAAGACAAACCUUUUUACUGGAAGUGUUGAGCUUUUGCCUUUUCUUGAAUUCAAUCGUUACCAAAAAUUAAAUGAAACCUCUACUCCCCACGAUGGCCGAAUUGUAUUUGGCCGUGGUGGUCAUGUCUACUCCAAAGUGCUUCUUCACUUGUAACAAUAAAUAUGAAUUUGAAAACUGAA